UUCGCAGCGAACCAAACUCGUAGACCCAGAACCGUGCAGCGGGAAGAAAUCAAAUUAAAAAAUCUCCGAAAAAAAAAAAAAAUCAGUGACAUCAUGUGCAAAAGUGUGAUGAUUUGUUUGGCCAUCUUGGCUUCAGCUUCAGCUGUUCUGGCCCAAACCGGCAAUCAGCCAAAGUCCUGUGUUGAUGCCACCGGACUAGAUUUCAAUAAUACACAAUUCGCUGGCUAUUGGCAAGAGGUGGCCCGCAAUCCAGCCUCGAAUGUGUCCUGCAUUGAUGUGAAUAUUGGCUUCUGGAACAACACCAACAUGCUAGUGAAUGUCAGCCACUCGGCCAACACUCAGUCCCUGUACCAGAAUGUCUACGAGAAGGCCAACAUCAGUCUGUCCGGAAAAACUUCCUACAACGUCAGCUUCACAGACGGCCAGAGGGAGAGCUUUGUGACCAUCAAGCUGCUGGAACUGGUCUCCGACACUUACCUGUUGGGUUGCAGCUACACGGAUGCCAGCAACGUCUCGACCAGCGCUGGCUUCAUUUUGGCCAGGGCCAACUACUCGUCCUCCCUCAUUCCGCAGGUCAAUGCCAAUGCCUCCGUGAACUACAGCAACUUUGUGAACGGAACCGUCCACAAUGUCACGCAUAUUGGUUGCUAUGCCAGCUCUGCGGCACAGAACCUGCCACUGAUCACUGGCUUCCUGGCCCUUGCUCUGCUGCUGAUCAAGGCCUAGAAAACGAACACGAAGAAGAGAAGAUGCCAAUUCCUGUGUGUCUUAGCCCACCCGACAGGAAAUAGCCGAAACCAAAACACUUGCCUAAGUUAUUGCGUCAGUAUCUUUAUUUAGUUUUUAGUUGGCUUUGCAUUCCCCGCCCUGAAAAACGAGCCAAGGCAAUGGCGAUGAUGUCAAAUAAAAAUAAACCAAAGUGGGUGAGGACCCAUAAAAAAGCCCCCAAUUUUCGAUAAAGGCUUACUCAGACAGAAUCAUGUGUCUCAAUGCGCUGGUGCAAUCAGUGCUUUAAUUUGUCGGCAACUUGUACAAGGUAUGCGUGAUAAGAUAGGGGUAAACGAUAAAAAAAUAUACUACUCCGCCACCAGUUAACACACA